AUCCUCCCUGCAUACCUAUUACACUCACUCCAACCCUUUUUUCUCUGCCUCAUCCCGUCCGUACCUCUUUUCUGCUUUCAAUCAUCCUUCUUAUUCCUUUAUAAAAGCGGAUUAAACCCAACAGCAUUGAGGGCCUGACUUUGCCCUAUCAACGGCAUCAGCUUUCUUACUCAGUAUGUCUAGUUGUGAUGGGGACGCCUUGGAGCCACUACUGGGUGCCUUGGAGCUGGAGUGCAAAAUUUGUUACAAUGGUUUUGACACAAAACAACAUCGCCCUAAAGUGCUAGGGUGUGACCAUCGCGUGUGUGCCCGUUGCCUCAGGAAGAUGGUAUCUACCUGGGGCUCAGGUCCCCCAACCACCCUCAGCUGCCCUUUCUGCAGACAGGAGACUUCAUUACCUGAAGACCUACAGCUGUUGCCCGAUGACAGCUGUCUGCUAUCCAAACUCAGCUGUCAAGAGUGGACACGGAGGCGUGGUUGCUCUGUGGCACCCGAAGUGCUCUUAAGUCCUGGAGAUCUCUGUCGAGGGGCUAACUCCUCGGAAUGCUUGGUUAUCACUAUCAUGGAGGUGUCGGAGGAGCCACCAGGGCCUGGUGAGGACAUAACAAUACUAGACAUUUUGAGUGUGAAGUUCUCAUCAAGUCUGGCAUGGCUACCAAGUUCCUGUGUCCCUCACCCUUGCUGCCCUUGCAGGCCUGUGCCACGUGUCCUACUGGGAUUCCUGUGCCUUGUGUAUUUUAGCUCACUGCCCCUUGGUGUCUAUCUUCUUAUGAUCCAGCAACUGCCUCUUGGCAUUGUGUUGGUCAGCUUAGUGCCAUGUACCCUUGUACUCUGUCUGUUGUGCCAGUGUUUGUGCCAUGAGCUAGCAGCAAGUCUAUCCGACUAACCAGAACCCUGAAUUAAUUAUGGCUACCAAAAUCAUGAACAAUUUGGGCAAACAUUGCACCAAGAACAGGCCUACUAGUUGCACCAUAACUUGUGUAAUCAAGCAUAUAAGGUCUCCAGAAUAUUAUUUCAAUCCUGUGUUAUAUACAUUAUGACGUGGCUUGUGCUCACAGAUUUAGGAUCUCUUCCCAACAGCCAAAUUUAACUAAAUCUCAAAAAUAUAGAUUAAUGCAAGUGUGUUACUUUUGCUCUAAAAUAUAUAUUUUUUCUGUCUGUUAAGAUCACACAUUCCUAUAUAUGUAUAAAUAUUAUAUUGCAUACAGUUAUCUAUAUAUCAAUUUUAAAUGGUUAUGUAAAAUGUAUACUCAAUUAUG